AUGCCUACUCACGGAGGUUCGGGUGUGAAUGUCAUUGAGAGUGAAGAGAUAAGGGUUGUAUCUGAUGUGGGCUGUUUGACUUUUCCUCUUAUGUCUGUGAAGCAACAUCUGGUUAAUAGCGGCAUCUUCCCGGGCUGUGGCGUUGAUUGGGAGGAUUGCAAGAGUCAACCCGAAGGUUGUGCUGAUUUGAAAAGUAUGGUACAAGAGCUGAUUGACGAGGGUCCUCUUCAAUUUUAUCGAAGGAUGAGAGGUGCGAAGAGUGGGGAUGGCGAAGUGGCAGUGAUUUCAAUUCCUUAUGAACCAGUUGUUCCAAUAUGUAUCCAAGUGCCUAUUCAGAUACCUGUAGGUAUCCCAUAUGAGGAACAACCAGCGGCGUUGAUGAUUACCGUGCUAGGGCCUAUUCCAUAUGAGAGUGAGAAGGUCGUCCCUUGGCAUUAUGGUUCAGACGUAUAUUACUAUGGCACGAAGGAGGAGGGUGAUCCAUCUAAAAAGAAGUUUGUUGAGGCCGCAGUUGCAAACACUGAUAAUUUUGCCGGUACUGGUAGAAUUACUCGCAGUGGUAGGGUGUUCUCCCCUCAGCUUGUCCAAAAAGAUGCAGAUGCUUUGGCUAAGGCCAAAGGAAAACAAGCGGUGACUGAUGUCCAGAAUUCUCCGACUCAGAAUGGGGCACCGGAUAAUGAUGUAUCUUCCAAGGAUGUAGAAGAAUUAUUGAGAAUCAUCAGGAAGUCCGAUUACAAAGUUGUUGAGCAAUUGGGUCAGACUCAGUCAAAGAUUUCUAUCUUGCAAUUGUUGAUGUGUUCGGAGAAGAUAUCUGUGAAUCAGUUAGAGGCAGUGGCCAAUAAUAUUUCCGCUGGAAAUGGUUUGGGGUUUACUCAUCGUGAUCUUCCUCCAGAAGGGAAAAACCAUAACAAAGCGUUUCAUAUUUUGAUGGAGUGUAAGGGGACGACUUUGUCCCGUGUUUUGGUUGAUACUGGUUCCUCCCUGAACGUGCUUCCCAAAUCGGCCCUUAUGAGAAUUGACUAUGCUGGUGUUGAAUUGAGACCCAGUGAGUUGAUGGUACGCGCUUUUGAUGGUUCAAGGAGGUCUGUGUUCGGAGAGGUAGACUUGCCUAUCCAAGUUGGUCCUCAGAUCUUCACCAUAACUUUUUAUGUAAUGGAUAUUCAGCCUGCUUACUGCUGUCUAUUGGGACGACCAUGGAUUCACAAGGCCGGCGCUGUGACAUCCACUCUUCAUCAGAAGUUAAAGUAUCCAGUUGAUGGUAAAGUGGUGACAGUUUGUGGUGAGGAGGAUUAUAUCAUGAGUCACUUGUAUUCUUUCCGAUAUGUGGAGAUCGAAGGUAAUAUACAUGAGACGUCGUUCCAAGCGUUUGAGGCUGUAAAUGCUGUGAGAAUUCCUCUUUACGAGGUAACAAAGCCAGAAACAGUUAUGUCCUCUUUGAAAGAUGCUCAGGAUGCUGUUGAGACUGGAAAGAUGGAAGGUUGGGGGCAAAACGGUCAGGUUAAUGCCAUUGUCAAUGGCGAGGAGGUGGAUAAUGACUGUGACUUUGAUAGCUGGAUUCAUCCAAGUAUGUCUUUGCAAGUGCAUCGGAUCGGCACAAUAGCAGAUCUAGCCGAAUGA